AUGUAUCCUCUCGAAACCUAUCCAAUCACUGCCUGCUACGAAUCAGAAUAUGAUGUACUAAUAAAAGUUGGAAAAAAUACCUCACGAAAUAAGAUUCUUCCAAGCAGAUACAUAUUACGAAUACUUCAACGUAGCAUUAUCAAAUAUUUGGGCCAAGCGGAACGACAAGGUGUAUCUAUUUAUAAGACCAUUGAUCUGGUGAAUCUGGGACCGCAAUUGACUUUGGAUUUAUUGAUUGCCGUGGAUGAACUUAUAUUCGAGGAUAUUUUAGAGUCUGUGCAAACUUAUUUGGUAUCAGUAAAGCCAAAUUGGAUAAACGAGCAUUUAAUUGACAUCUUGAAUACUGUCACACCACGUCGAAAGCUGUUUGAUUAUUGUGUCACACCAAUUAUAUUUUCCAUUUUGCCUUCGCGACUUCCGCAAGUACGGAUGAACUCUAGCAUCCUAAAACCAGAACAGGCAAUAUUGUUAGCAUCAUGGAUAGACGAAGAAUCCAGCAUCGAAGGUCCAGUUGCAUAUUCUUUUCGAAAGCUGUACCACGCAAGUAAAGAUGGAAUCUCAGAUAAGGAAUUCCAUCGUCACUGCGAUAAAGCUAGUCUGAAAAUAGUAAUUCUGAAAAUAUCUGGUGAUAGCGAUGAUGGUAAAGAUCAAGUAAUUGGUGGAUAUAAUCUCGUGGUUAAUGGAUGGAGACGAGGAUGA